AUGUCAAGACCCCUUCUAACAGGACUUCAUGUGCAGAAAGUGCAUCUGGACAACAACUUUGAGUCUUAUUCGAAGUAGGUAUUCAUGAACAUUAUAUGAUGGUUUUGCAUGCAAGUUAUUUCAAUGGCCUGCAAGCUAAUUUUAAGCUAUCAGCAGUGCGCAUUUCCUACUUAUAAAACAUGUAGACAAUUUUCUGUAACGUAUUCACUUGUCAAGGAAACAUUUUUGCUGCAUACAUCGGAAAUUCAAAAAGGUGGACGACAAUUUGUUUUCUCUGAAACUGGAUGAGUUACACGGUAGAAUUUUCCAUAUACCUUUACCGUUUUCCUCUCUGACCCCCUUUUGUUAAAUCAGCUUUAAGUUUUUCUACUGGGUUUUAUUGCUCGAAGUCAGGCACUUUCAACGUACGAUUCUAUUUUGGUGGAGUUGAACCCAUAUAACGGUAGAGCUUAAAUUCUUUCUCGAAUUAUCUAUGACUUGCUACAAAUGCCAGGUGACGAGAUGAACGGCCCUCCCAAAAUAAUUCUUAUGGGAAGUGAGCGAUCCUAUCGGUGCAAAUGCAGUUUUAGUAGAGUUUUUUAAUUGUUCUCACAACAGGGUUGACAAAAUUCAAUUGCUGUGUUCUGUCAUGGCGAUCGAGUGCGGUUAUGACCCAGAUGAGUCGUACGAAUUGACGGGUGAUAAUGUGAAGAAAAUUCUAGCCAUCCACAUGAGGUUCAGAAGAAACAUCCCAGUUGUAAUCAUGGGUGAAACAGAAUGUGGAAAGACAAGACUUAUUCGGUAUUUGUGCGGACUGCAGACCGAAGGAGAGGUGGAGGAACGUAGAAACAUGCUCUUAAUGAAGGUGUAACCAUAGAAUCUGUUUCCUGUUUUGUAGUGAAAUGCUGUCAAUGAACAACUAUUAUAAGUUUACAUAAUGCAACUGCGCAGCUUAGUAACAUGAAACCAAAAAAAAAAAGUUGAAUCUCUGUUUUGAGGAAACUUCCAGUAAUAGAAAAGAAGUUGAAUAGAGUUAUUCCAUCUGUAAAGGCAAUAUAUACGUAUUAAAAAGUUAUAAGGGAAUUUUUUUCGUCGGAGCGAAAAUGCAUGUCCCUUGAUGUUGGUUAUAGAAUGUCCCCAAAGUACAGUUGUCCCAAAAGAGGAAUUGAAUCUCAAUGCAAGUCAUGCCAUUGAAGCCUCGCUUAUGUUAUUUUUCGUAGCUGUAUGUUGUUGUUAUUGCUAUUGUUUACGGUCCCUUGUAAGGGUAUUAAUUUCACCGCAAAUUGUUUAUCGUACAAAAAGACGGAAAGUUCUCCAGACCAUGAAGAACAUGAUCAGAGACUAAAUCCCCCAGGUUGCAUUUAUUCCAUAGGUUAUUUCUCUUAUGUUUAAUGUACUCGAAUACGGAAUUCUCGAGGGCCUUCGACUAAAAUUCCAAGAUUACGAUACUUCGUCAAGAUAUCAAAUCUUUGUGCGUCCCUUGAACUACCCAAGUAGCACGCUACGAAAAUGUAUGUAACAACACUUAAGCGGUAUAGCCUCAGGAGAAAGACCAGUAUGUAGGGUUCGGUUUCUCAGCUUGUACCUCUCUUUCUCUAUGUCAUUUAAAGCGGGAAAGGUUUAGUUCGCGAGACUUGAUGACUCUUUUUCACUAGAUCCACGGAGGCACCAUUUACAAAGAUAUAGAAAGGAACGUACUUCGUGCUGAGACAGUGGCUGUCAAGAAUGAACGUCUCCGAAAAAAAAUCGACACCGUUUUGUUUUUUGAUGAAGCAAACACCACUGACGCUUUAGGAAUGAUAAAAGAGAUUAUAGUGGAUCGAAGGUGUAAUGGUCGUCCCCUGAGUGACAAUUUGAAAUUCGUUGUUGCUUGCAAUCCAUAUAGGAAGUAAGUUCAGCGCUAACACUAUGAAAUCGGUAAUUUUAAAAGUAGAAUUAUAAAUGAGUAAUGGAAAAUUUUCAGGCAAACUUAACGAAAUACGUAGUUUUGUUGAUGAUUGCAUCAUUAAACCACAGCAAGGCCUAACUAAGAUAUAUUCUCGGCAGGCAUGCGAAAGAAAUGAUACAUAAACUAGAGACCGCAGGAUUGGGCUAUCACAUCAAAGCGGAUGAAACUACAGAGAGCCUUGGUAAAAUAUUUCAUCAAACGAUAUUUAGUUAGAACCAUUUAUUCAUUUUAGUUGAUCUUACUUUAUUGUGCAACUAUAUAGGUGGAAUCCCAUUGCGUCACCUUGUUUAUCGAGUGCAUGCUUUGCCAGAGAGCAUGCGCAGUCUUGUGUGGGAUUUUGGACAGUUGAAUGCCGAAGUGGAAGAGCUUUACACUCGUCAAAUUGUUAGAAGAUUUGUGAGUAGAACUACUUGUGGUUUAAAAACGCGAUGUAUUCUAGCAAGUUUGAAAAGGGAGAAUAAAUAGUGUUCCCCUUCUAUACAAUUCUUUUGUGAAGUUUAAAUGAGCCACAUCACAUUAAAUUAGAUAAUCCGAGAUCACCUGGGCAUGGUUUGCUCCUUAAUAGAAGUUAAUUCCACAGGAAAAAGAGAAGAGCGAUCUACUGUUAGCGAGUCUAUGUGGGAGCGAAACUUCCGUUUUUCUUCCAAGGAAACAGCAUCUGCAGAGUGCAAGCCUGCACAAAUAUUCGACUAUGCAGACGCAAAGAAAAGAGAGAAGCAACCCACCGUUAGCGAGUCUAUGUUUGAGCCAGACUUCUCUUUUGCUUCCGAGGAAACAGUUUCUGCAGAGUGAAGGCCCACGCUAGAGCCUCUGCAACUGUCUUCAAGAGUCAAUCCUCUGGAAAUGUUCCACCAUGUAGAAUCCUGAGAUGUACCGCUCGUGGAAGAAAACGUAAGAAUUGUUUCCACGUUAUCCAAGACGAUUCUGUAACAUAUAGAUACCAAUGGUAAAAACUCUUUUGAUUAGCAAUUGCGCAUGUCUCCUGUUAGCGCUAUGUUUGCAAUUUUUCCGAUGCCUUACGUUUUUCUUGGUGUCAAACCCGCAAUGGAAAACAGAUAAAACUUGCUUUUCGCAUAUUAAUCUUGCGGCCUUACGAUUCUUAAGGUUAACGUUCAUCACAGCCCCUUGUAUUACACCCUUCCAUCCACUCAUUGUUGCAAAAUUGUUGCCUUAUACCUUACAAAACAAAGCGCAGCAUUCCUUAGGGAGACGAAGAAAAAAAAAAGGGACAGAUAUAGAUAUAUGGUUUAGUGUGGGAAAAUCUAUUAUGGUCCGAUAAAAUAAAGAAAAGUUGUGACUGAUUGCAGCGAGACCUACUUACCGAAGUAAGGCUAAAGUUUAGAAGGAAACUUUAUUCUGGUAUUGAUUGUUGUCAGGUUGAUAUCGACGACAGUAUUGACCCGAUCACUUGGUCUUUGAUUCUUGCUCUUGGAGUUUGUUAUCAAGCACGGUUAACAGAGAGGGAAGAAUACCGCGAGGCAGUAGCAAACUCAUUCCGACCACCAUGUAGGCUUCCUGGCGGCGCUGAAAGAAAAAUAUUAUGUAAAUGAUAUCGCUUACUCUGAAAAACAACUGCUGGAUGAAAGGGAAGCAUCAGUUUCCAAAACUUCUUUCAAUUUUAACUUAAGAGAAUUUAUUAGAAAUAUACCUUUGUAGCUUGUGCUUGUGUGUGAGACAAAUGGAAAAUUAACCUGGAGUUUCCCACAAAUCAUUGAGACUUUAAGCGUCUCUUGGCUUAGAAAGCCUAUGAAAAAAGCGUUUAUUUAUCUGGUUAGCUUGCUGAAAAACUAGACUUUCUAGAACACCUGUAAUGACGGGAAGUAUAUGAUUUGACCACAGCUUAUCAUUUGUUUUUCAUUCAACGAGAGUCAAUUUCUAUCGAAAUAGUCAUAUCAGUGUAGUCCUAAUAAAAGUUAAAUGGUGUCUGCAACUCUUCUUAAAGAUGUCAAGAAGCUUUGAUGGGACAGCUGGAACUUGGACCAAACAUUGCCUGCAAUGAGGCCUUGAGAGAAAAUGUGUUUAUGAUGGUGGUGUGUAUUGAGCUGAGGAUCCCUUUAUUUGUCGUCGGUAAACCGGGGAGCUCUAAAUCACUGGCCAAGACAGUUGUUGCAGACAAUAUGCUGGGAGGAAGAUCCAAACAUAACCUUUUCAAACGUUUUAAGCAGGUAUGAUCGAAGCAAGUAGGGCUGUCCAGCGCUUAACCACCGUAAGACUGGAUUCAGUUUUACCAAGGAUCCAACUAUGUUGAAUCCAUUUGAAAAUUGAUCCAUAAUGGGUUUUCUUUUUUAGCAUUAUCUUGUGUACAUCUUUAUAGAAACUGCACAAAGGAAUAUCAAAAUCUGAAGUCAUAUCAUAUCAGUGUAGCCCACAGUCUACCCCUGAGGGAAUAUUGGCGACAUUUCAGCAAUGCAGUGAACUGCAAGAAAGUAAAAACAAGGGAAAGACUUCAGACACGUUUGCUUCCGUGGUAGUGUUAGAUGAGGUAGGACUGGCGGAAGACUCACCCAAAAUGCCCUUAAAAACUUUACAUCCACUCCUGGAAGAUGAUGACCAAAACGACGGGUUUGUGAUCCAGACUGAAAAGAGUUUUACACGCGUCGCUUUCAUUGGUUUGUCGAACUGGGCAUUGGACCCUGCCAAAAUGAACCGUGGGAUAAUGCUUUGCCGUAAUGAGCCUGACGAAGACGAACUGGAAGAAACUGCAAGGUAGAGCUGUUAAUAUUGUGUGUGAUCGUCUUUGUAUAAGAAUUCAAAAAGAAAGCGUAGUUUUCAAGGCUAAGCGAAAAGAAGACUUAGCUUAUCACGGGAAGCCAAUCACCGCAGAUGACGAUAAAGGGGUCAUGACUCGCUGUGAGUAUGAAACUCGACGGCAAUGAUUGCCAACGGCCCCUCCUUUUCACCAGUUUCUCGAUUCAUAGUGGUCACGUGCGAGUCGUCACCCAGUUAAAAAGGUAAAAGUAAGUAAAUUCGACUGAUGAGAGAGCUCAGACGAAGACAUCUUGGGGAAAUGAAAGGCGAAAGAGAAGGAGAAGGUUACAUCUAUUGGCCCUUUUUAUCCCUAGGCUAGGUAAUUGAGGGACGUUUUAUACUAGUUAACAGCGAAGGAGAGAACAUCCAUUCUCGUCUCCGCUUUCAAACCAACACAUCAGGAUUUACAAGAAAUAAUUCCAGUCACAAUGAUAUCCUUUUCAGGUUCAUCAUCGCUGAUUUUAUUUAUCUAUUGCUCAUUGUAGGGGUAUUUGUGGAAGUGAUGAGGACAUUAUUACUCAUGUAGAACCCCUUAUAAAUCCGUUAGUCUGUGGCUACCAAGAGCUCUACGACAGACAGAAAGGAUUGGAGAAACUAAAAGAAGGAAAAAAGGACGAAUUUUUUGGACUUUGA